CUCCAUCCCCUGAGUCAUUGGAAGACAGAUAUACGCUGAUUACAGAACAGUUUCUAAAAACUGACACAGUAAAAAAGCAACUUCCAGAAGAUUUAGGGCAAUUACUUCCAUUACUUUCUUCAUCCAUGUCAAUAAAAGAUGCUCUGGAAAAGGACAGCCUGUUCUCACCCUUUCAGUCUCUUACUGUGUCUCUUCUCUCUGCUCCACUCCUAUUAGUUGCCACGCAUAACCUCAUGCAAGUUUUCACAGCCGCUGUGCCACCCCAUCACUGCCAGUCCAACCUCACACUGGCCCAUUCCCACUUGCCAAAAGAUUCAUGCACUCGCUACAUCUCGCUACUUUCCAAUGCUACCGAGCCCUGUAAGCAAGGGGAAUGGGAAUAUGAUCUGAGUGAAUACACUUCCACCAUCAUCACUGAUUGGGAUUUGGUAUGUGAACGAGAAUGGAUGAAGGAACUGGCGCAAUCAAUUUAUAUGGCAGGCGUGUUGCUGGGUGCAAUGGUGUAUGGAUCUCUGGCAGACAGGUUUGGACGUCGGACAGUGCUCCUCUGUUGUGCUUUGAAAGUGGCUUUGAUGGGAACAGCAGCUGCCUUCUCUCCUAACUUCUCCCUUUACCUCACCUUCCGUUUCCUGACUGGCAUGGGGCUUUGUGGCCUCAUCAUUAAUGACAUUGGUUUAACUACGGAAUGGAUUCCAAAGAGAUAUCGUCCAACUGUGUCAAUGUUUCAAAGUACCUGUCUCACCCUCGGACACAUCAUCCUGCCAGGAGUAGCAUAUGCCAUAAGAGACUGGCGCUGGCUGCAGUUGGCACUUUCCUUACCAUACUUUAUCUUCUUCAUUCUCAUCUGUUGGGUUCCAGAAUCUUUCCGGUGGCUUGCACUUACUAAGCAUUUACAACAGGCUCUUUUUAACCUGAAUCGUGCUGCAAGAAUCAAUGGGAAAAAAGAAGGAAGCUUUGUCACCAUUGAGAUGUUGAUGCUUGAGGCCCAGAAAAACUCUUCUUCAGUGACUUCCAAAUCGUCACCUCUUGACUUAUUUCGUACCCCUGCCAUGCGUAAUGUGACCAUCAGGCUUUCUCUGAUAUGGUUCUCCGGUAGUUUCUGCUUCUUUGCUCUUGCUAUGGAUGUACAGCGGUUUGGGCUCAGUAUAUAUCUUGUACAAGUGGUGUUUGGCUGCGCAGAGCUCCCAAUGAGAGUCCUGAGUACAGUUAUGGCCACUUACGUUGGCAGACGUUUCUCCGUUUCUUUUUUCCUUAUUCUUGCCGGGGUCCUUAUACUGUGCAGUUUGGCAGUUCCUCCAGACAUAAUACCUUUGCAGCUGUCUGUUACCGUCCUGGCCAAAGGGUUCCUUGGUUCCUCCAUUGUCUGUGCUUAUCUCUACACUGCGGAACUCUACCCAACAGUGCUCAGACAGACUGGAAUGGGAUUCACCAACAUGAUGAUGAGAUUAGGGGCAGUAGUUGCCCCUCUUGCAAUGAUGACAAAGCUGUAUGUAUCAUUUCUUCCCCUUGUAAUCUUUGGAGUGGUACCUAUUCUUUGUGGAGUGCCUAUUUUAUGGCUACCAGAGACCAUGAACUGUCCGCUCCUGGACACAGUGGAGGAGGUAGAGGAAAGAGGCCGGAAAGCAAUAUCUCAAGCCAAGGAAAAAGGCUCCAUGCACAGUACAAAGCUAUAGAGAAGUUCAUGUCACACAUGAGAGCCAUGUAUAAAAAUUGAUAGUGUAUUAGAGUUGAAGUACCUGUCCUAACCACCAUUUGCUAUUGCAAUCCACAGCAAUUUCAUAAUCUGCUCUGUCUGUAGUAGCAAUACUAUGAGCCAUAAAUAUGGAAUAGAGAGCAUUAAACAUACAUAUCCGGAGAAGCAGUCAUGCUUGUUGUAAGAACUAUUCAUCCAAUUACCUAUCAUUAAGUACAUGCCUGUUACAUGUGUACUACAUAAUUCUGCUAAUGGUGCUAAUAAUCUCUUUUAGAUAGUAUGAUUAUCUAAAAGAUAUAGAAAACCAGAGUUGACCUUAACCUGCUGCAAUUUAUUGAAGUUGAUACUGAUAAGUUAGUGGGCUGCUGCUUCAUCAUCAUAUGGACUUAAGGAACUGAAUCAUUAUAUGGACUGAAUAAAGGAACUGAAUUUCAAGUACAUGCUGAGAAAAGGGAACUGCAGGUGGAUCAGCUUCUCCUUCAUCUAGAAGGUUAUUGGAUCAGACUCAUUGGCGUUUCUUUCAUGGGUGCAAUGUGUGAAGUGCUCACGGCCCCUGGGUCCAGGGGGGUCCACACCGUACCCAUGUUGUUUAUACUUACCUUUCUGGAGUCCCGCAACUAGCGCUACAGCCGCUGCACUUGCAGCAAGAACUAACCAAAUAUGGCCGCCGUGCAUGCGCAGUUCAAAAUUUGUCUCCGAACCAUGGAGGACAGCAUGUUUCCAGAGACCUGCGCAUACACAGUAGACUCCGUCUCGAUGCCAGAGACUACGGCGCUGUGGAGAGGAGGGGGCCCACCUGGAGUCUGUACAUGGGCCCCCUCUUCUCUUAAAAUGCCCCUGAUCAGACCACAUACUGAUUUUUAUCAUGAAUUCUGUCCUACCCAAAAUAUUGCUUCAACGCCAAGCCAAACUGUGUGGAGAGGGUGUGUUUCCACAUUACGCAACCAAACAGACAAUACAUAAAGGGGUAAAUUUAC